UGACAAUUAAUUAUUGAACGGGUUUUCAUAUGAUUAAAAGCAGCAAACUGAAAUUUAAAAAAAGUUGUAUUAAGUGCAGCUUAAUGCAAAAUAUUAAUUUUAUUUUAAAGUGUUAGCUGCUGGGCACGUUCUGCAGCUUUUGUGACCGCAAAUGCUGCUGCACGCUGUUACAAAAGCACGAGAUGUCGACUAUCGCCCAUCUCAAACGAUCGCUGCAAAAUUUUGAUUUUUCCUGUGCCAUGGAGAUUAGAUUCUUAGAAAAAUGAACUCCGCAAAUAAAAGAAAUCUUAACAAGAACAACACGAUGUACUCCUUUGGGAAAUGGGAGUGGUGCGGAAAACUGGGUCAGGGCGGAUUCGGCGAAGUGAAUCACUGGCGAAACCGCAGUACUGGCCGAGAAAUUGCCACCAAGCACAUAAAGGAGUUGGAUUCCCAGGGUGCCGAUCAGCAAGUCAAGAUUAGCGAACGUUGGAACAAGGAGUUCAACUGGUCCCGCCAGUUUCAAUGCUCUCCUCACAUUGUGGCUGGCGUGAUCCUGGACAACGAGGAUCCGGCUUUUUUGAAAUACUUGAAUGCCAUGUUCCCAAACAUUGCCAAGUUGCCUGUGAUUGUGUUGGAAUACUGCAACGGUGGAGACGUGAGGAAACGUCUGCAGAGCCCGGAGAAUGCUAAUGGUCUGACGGAAUUCGAGGUGCGACAGAUCCUGGGAGCCCUACGCCAGGCCGUGCAUUUCCUGCAUUCACAGUGUCGUAUUUGCCACCGUGAUUUAAAACCGGACAACAUAGUAAUCCAACAAGGAACUGAUGGCAAGAAAGUUUAUAAGCUUACCGAUUUUGGACUCGCUCGAAGAACUCCCGACCACACCAUGGUGCAGAGCGUGGUGGGCACCCGACACUACUUCGCCCCAGAAGUGGUUGCGAAGGGUUGUUACAACUCGGCUGCGGACUUCUGGUCCGUCGGAAUAAUUGCCUACGAGCUGGCCAUUGGUGAACUGCCUUUCAUCCCCCAUCAAACCCCAGCAAAUAUUUUAGUCAAUCUGAUUAAUAAGCCCGCCGAUUGUAUUGCUAUCACGGAGGAUCCAGAGAAUAGUAAUCGUUUCGUGAAUCAGUUCCAACUGCCACAGGAGCACCAUUUGUCGCUGCCCUGGGCUGAUGAGUUCACAAAAUGGCUGCGCAGGUCGCUUAACUCAAGCUACAAGGAACGGGGCCAACUAGCAACUGAUGAAGUGCAAUCAGUUCCAGUCGUCUUCGCUGAGCUGGACAAAAUACUCAAUAUGAAGGUGCUAACUAUUUUUGCUGUUAAUUACUGCAAACGACUCGAGUAUGCGGUCUCGGCAGAGAUGACUAUGAAGGAUCUAAUUGCCUUGAUUGUCCGGGACACCGGAAUGGACGGAAAGGAUCUGUACUCCGUGCUGCCCACUUCCCAUCCGCACAAAAAGAUUACGCCUGAAAGUACGCCAUUGGAUUUGUAUGUGGAAGAGUGGACUGACACAAGCAAAGAUUCACGAAAAUUGAAUAAGUGCAGCAAUCCACCUGUGAUGCUGUACAUCUUCCAGGGCAAGGAAAAGUGUGACUACAGUCAACCAGAACCCAAUUUAUCGGUUCUCGCUCGGAAGUUUAUUACAAACAAGAUUGAGUCGGAGGAAAGAUGGCUGAAAAAACGUGUGGUAUUGGAUAUGCUCCACAUGCUUACCAAGGAGCAAGCUAACUUUGAAAUGUUUGUGUCAGGAAUAAACGAGCGUGCGCUUUCACUGGAAGACGAAAUAAUCGAAUAUUCGUUCAUAGACAAGAUUGAUAAGCAGCGUUGCCUAAUCUCUUUUGCCUACGAUCAGCUUAAAAGUUUGCAAAAAGAAGCCCAAGCUAAGAUCCCAUCCUUUACGCUUAACAGAAGCAUACAGUGGGAGAAGCUUACCCACACCUACGAUGCCGUUAUACAAAGUGCAAAAUCCAUUACGUCUUUGUUGGACAGCUGCUUGCGUGGAGCCCAAAGCAUGGUGAAAAGCACCAAUCAACUACUGAAGGGGGUGUGCGAGAAAGAUCUAUUCGAUUGCACUCGAUUUUAUAAGGAAUACCUCUGCAAUGGCGCGAAAAUUUCACCGUCAGAGUUGAGGAAGAUCGCCGAACAUUUCGCAACCACUCGUUCCCAGUUAUAUAAUAAGGGCGAGGCUAGAUCCCUGUCCAAGACCAUCGAUAGCCUACACUACCUUUAUUAUAAAAGCAAGGAGUCCAUACCGGUGCUCCUACAAAAAUUUUGCGACAUCAAGAAAGAGAUAUUUGACAUUCAUUUACAAAUGUUGACGCCAAACUCCGCCACACAACUUCCGAUUCUUCAGCUAGGCUCAGCGAUGGACCGCCUAACUAUGAGCUAUGGCUUACCCAGCUCAGAUACAUUUGACUCUCAAGGCACGAUAAACGCUAUUGAAGAGGCAGAAAGGAUUAUCAAUAUGCUUGUUAGAGAAAUGGACAUUGAUCACUAUUAGUGUGUAUUCUGGUCGAUCAGAAAUUUAUAUUUGAUUUUAAUCAAUAUCUUAUCAAUAUUUCCAUUCAAAAUUAAUGAAAUAUGUAUUUCAGUUUUAUUUUGUUAUCUCAAUUGGCAAUUUUUGAAGCUUUAUUAGUUGUAUAAAAAUGUGAAUGAAUUUUAUUUAGUUUAGUAAUAUGUUUAUGCGCUAUGUGUUAUAAGCAUUGAAUUAAAUGACAAUCCUUAUUAUAAAAGGAAGUAUUUUUACUAACUCCGCUUUUCAACUGGACAACCCAGAUGUUUACAUUACUUAAUUUCUGUUCGCGGUAUUGUGAAAUGGUGCAUUUGGUUUUGGUCUGCUUUCCAGAUGUUUAAAUUGCUAUAUCAACACUUGGUAUAUAUUUAUUCGCUAGUAUAUAUAUAAAUAGUACAUGCGCUAUGUAUAUGAUGUAUAUAACAGGUCGUUAAGCUUAGCUUAAAUUUCUCACAAUUUAAUUUUGAUAUUUUCAAAAGCAUUUACACAACAGCUAAUAUAGUUAGUUUUUUCUUUGUUUCUUCGUUUGAAAGUAUUAUUCUAUUGGCUAAAAGACAAACCAAAA